AUGAACUCUGAGGAUACCGCCGCUGACCAUGGACCACCCAGUAUCUCGAAAGCUGAAGAAGGAUUGGAAUCUACUGGGCCUUCUGGAGAAACGCCCGCUUCUGCGCUCAUCUCUGACUUUCCUGAAGGCGGUCGCGACGGAUGGUUGACCGUGUUGGGAGGUGCUCUUGUUCUCUUUUCUUCAUUCGGUGCCGCCCUCUCCUUCGGAGUCUUUCAAGACUAUUACACUCGCAUUUCUCUAAAUGAACACUCCGCGUCGCAAAUAUCCUGGAUCGGAUCCACUCAGCUGUUCCUUGAUUUUGCUGUCGGCCUGCCCGCAGGGAAACUCUUCGACGAAGGUCAUUUCAGGCUUCUUAUGAUUUCAGGAACUGUCUUAUACAGCUUCUCGUUCUUCAUGCUUUCACUUGCCAAACCGCAUAACUACUACCAAGUCUUUCUGUCGCAGGCCAUUGGUAUGGGACUCGGAAUGGGGCUAGUCAUCAUCCCUGCUGUCUCGAUACCAUUGCAUUACUUUAGGCGGAGGAGAUUACUUGCUAUGGGAUUCAUAUUUGCGGGCUCCUCUCUUGGCGGUGUCAUUUUCCCUAUCAUGCUCAACAAGCUUAUCAACGGCCGUGCUGGGUUCGCGUGGGGAAUAAGGGCUGCCGCUUUCUUGUCGCUCGGGCUCUUGAUCAUCGCAAAUUUGAUUAUGAAGCCUAGGCUACCCCUCAAAAAGGAUCGAUCGCCUGAUACUGUGGUACCGUUGAAGAGCAUAUUGACCGAUGUCGCAUACCUAAUCAGUGUCUUUGGAGCCUUCCUGAUUUUUUGGGGGCUUUUCUUCCCUUUCUUCUAUCUCCAGCUGUUUUCGGUACUUCACGGAGUAGACGAAAAGCUUGCUUUUUACUCGUUGACGGUUCUCAAUGCGUCCACAAUCUUUGGUCGCACAAUUCCGAAUUUCGCAUCCGAUAAAUUUGGACCUUUGAACGUUGCGAUCCCGAUGACUACCAUCGCCGGCGGGCUCGUAUUUGCGAUGCUGGGCGCCACAAGUGUCGGCGGAAUGUUCACAUUCGCAGUCGUCUAUGGAUUCUUCGGUGGAGCAUGUGCCUCCCGCAUCGGUAUCGCAAUGUUUGUCUGCGGAUUUGCAAUCCUCACCGGAACACCCAUCACCGGGGCACUGCUCAAACCGCCUCAGUACAACACCUGGACGAAGCCCGUCAUCUUUAGCGCGGUGGUCAUCUUGGCUGGGGUCGGAUGCCUGGUGAUAUCAAGGCAGAUGACGGUGAAGAGGAAGGGGACGUGGAAAGUGUGA